AACCAAAAAAAAAAAAAAAAAAAAAAAAAAAAAUUGAAGACAAAAAUCAAAACAUCAACAAGACCAAAAGACAACUCCCACAUUCAAAGAAUCAUUAACCAAAAACAAAUAGAAAAGAAGAUUUUUCACAUAAACAAUAGAAACCUAUCAAUCAUCCCCUCCACGAACUUUCAUUUUCAAAGAAUCCUUCUUGGGAGGGUUUUCUACUUUUCUUGGGCUUCAUUUCCUCACCCAUUGUCAUCAAAUUCCAUCUAGAAACCUUCCCCAAGUCAAGAUUGUUAAUGCCCAUAUAUAUAAACCUUCCCCAUAGGCUUCUAGCACUUCCCCCCCCCCCCCCCCCCCCCCUAGUAAAUUACAUUAGCAUGUCUCUUCUUCAGGUUGUACUUGUGGGGUUAAAUUAUGAUGAUGAGCCAUGAUGGUUCAAGAGCAAGAACACAACAGCCACAUCCAUGGUUUAAGGUCAAGAUUGUUCAUUCAUAUUAAGGGCAUCCACGUCCAUGACCAUUCAUCCUUAGCUGCUGCAAGGCAUCAUCAUUCUAGCAGCUUCACCGACGUCGAUGAAAUCGAAACCACCAAUGAUUUAGAGGAGCAGAAUGAAGUAGCAACCAUAAACCAGCUCAAACAAACAUCAACAGAAAGCACCCAAAUUUCAUUGAAGAUCGAUUCCGUAAACAAUAUGGAUUCCAAAUCAACACCUUCUGGAACCAUGGAAAAGAAUGCAGAGAUGGAGCAAAUGAAAGAGAAGUUCGCGAAAUUGCUUCUGGGAGAAGAUAUGUCUGGUGGAGGAAAAGGGGUUUCUUCUGCACUUGCAUUGUCAAAUGCCAUCACAAAUCUUGCAGCUUCCGUUUUCGGAGAACAGUGGCGGCUAGAGCCAAUGUCUCCCCAGAGGAAAGCAAGGUGGAGGAGAGAAAUUGGGUGGUUGUUAUCUGUAACAGACCAUAUAGUUGAAUUCGUUGCCAAAAAGCAGGGCAACAUUGAGAUUAUGGUUACACAACAACGAAACGAUCUUCAUUUGAACAUCCCGGCUUUGAGAAAGCUCGACGGAAUGCUGAUUGAUUGCCUUGACAACUUCAAGGACCAAAGUGAGUUUACUUACGUCUCAAGAGAUGCACCAGACUCGGAGAAAGGGCCAAAGAGAAAAGAAGAGAAAUGGUGGCUACCAACUGCUAAAGUUCCCACCAAUGGCCUAUCAGAAACUGCAAGAAAGUUUCUGCAGUACCAGAAAGAUUGUGUGAACCAAGUCCUCAAAGCAGCAAUGGCAAUCAAUGCUCAGGUUCUUGCAGAAAUGCAGAUUCCUGAAAACUACAUCGAAUCCCUCCCCAAGAAUGGUAGAGCUAGCUUAGGAGACUCGAUCUACAAAAGUAUAACAGUCGAGUUCUUUGAUCCUGACCAGUUUUUGUCGACCAUGGACCUAUCGUCGGAGCACAAAAUCCUGGACCUCAAGAACAGGAUUGAGGCUUCCAUUGUGAUUUGGAAGAGGAAGAUGGUCCAGAAAGAUGGUAAAUCAGGAUGGGGUUCUGCUGUCAGCAUAGAGAAAAGAGAGCAGUUUGAAGAUAGAGCUGAAACUAUCCUCCUCAUCAUCAAACAAAGGUUCCCUGGGAUCCCUCAGUCUUCAUUAGAGAUCAGCAAGAUUCAAUACAACAGGGAUGUAGGGCAUGCUAUCUUGGAGAGUUACUCAAGGAUCCUAGAGAGCUUGGCGUACACUGUUCUAUCACGUAUCGAAGACGUACUAUAUGCUGAUCAAGUAGCCAGAAGUCCAACACAAGAUGGAAAGAAGAGAAGUCCAUUGAUAUCAGGGACACCACCUUUGGAGGAUAGAGACAGGACAUCUGUGGAUGCACCCUCGGCAAUGACACUGUCGGACUUCAUGGGCUGGGAAGGCGAGCAUAAUGACAACGACGAGGACUUGGUAGAAGCUACAGAGGAGAUAACGAAACAAGACUCGAAGCUAUCGGGGAUACUUAAUAGUGUAGUGACGAGAAAGACAUAUCUUGAUAACUUGGUAGGUUCGAGAAGCCCAACAUCAAGGCAUUAAGAAGAUGAAAACACCAGAAAAGUAAGACCAUGGUGGAAAAAUAGGAGAGAAAAAAGCCUGACAGAGAAAGAUGAACUUUCUACUGUCAUUUUUGAGUUUACUACUAUGUCAUUUUUGUGAACUCUGUACAUAUGUAGAGUAUGAAAUGUAAGAGUUUAAAACCGAUGCUCUACUGCCAUUCUUUUUGCUUGUUACUAGAGAUCAACAUUCAGUUAGUAUGUUAAGUUUGUUCAUCUCUUUUUCUGAUUCGCGGUUUGUAAUUAUACUUGCUCAGUUGCAGCUUAUCUUACAAACCCUUAUCAGAAUGGAAUGGAAGAACAGGCUGAGAUCACAUCUGGAACGAAUGUAUUUGAGAUUGUAAUUGACAUUGAAAGCAUAUUUUUGGAUAAACUUGCAUAAUUCACCUAAAGAGGAUACACACACAUAGAUGGAUAGAUACAUACAAUGAAGUUAGAUUUUGCCGCGAGGACCAAGCUUUGGUGGAAGCUGAGGGCCCUUAACUAUAGGCAGAAUAUCGCCAGAAACUGUAGAGCCCAAGUAAGCAAUGGUGGAACCACCUCCCAGUAUCAAGAACUUGAGCAACAAUCCUCUCUUGGUGAAUGGAGCAGCGAACGUCUCGAAGAACUUGCUCUGAAUGUUCCAUCGAAACAAAAACAAAUAGUAAGUCAACAACACGAACUCGUACUAAGGGAAGAAACCAUGAUUUUGCUGAGCAAUAAUCUAUUUAAGCAUCAUGUUGACAACAACUUUCAGUGAGUUACGUGAUAUUAGAAUGUCAACAAGCAUUUGGAUACGAUGAAAUCCUAUAUUAAGAUAUACAUUAGUCAUGGGAAAGCAUUAUCUGAAGGAAUUGGUGACAAUAUCCCAUUGCCAAUGCUACAGAAUCAUGUAACUAGUAUAUCCUGGCAAAUAUCUGGCAUUCAAUGGAUACAAAUGAUGGUCAACUAUCAAACAAAGAGGGGGUGAGAGGGAAUGGAUGUCAUGGUUGUAUGUACAAAGGAACAAUAAAGUGUUUGUUGCCACCAGAAAAAUACCCAUCUAUUAUUUUUUCUCAAACAAUAACAGCUUUUAUAGCUUAGUUGGUUAGAGCACCCGUUUAUUCAACUCUCAAUGAAAGCAAUUAGUUUAUAAAUUCAUAUUUAUAGAUAUGCAUGUUCAAAUUAUUAUUUUUUAAUUUAUAUUAAUGUAUAUACCUGUUCAAAAAAUUGUUAAGAGUA